GAAAGAAAGCAGAAAACAGAUUCGGUGUGAUUGUGAUGAUGUUGAUCAUGAUGACCCCCUCCUACUGCUAACACCCACCCACCUGGCCUUCUCUGCUUCAAUCACACUACUACAACACCAACACAGCUUUACUCACCAAACACUACUUCCUUCUCUACAGUCUUCUCUUUCCUUUCCGGGUUUCCUUCAAUAUUCAUUUUCGUUUUCCCUCUGAAACCAAACAUGCUUGAUCCUCAAACAAACGACCACCCUUUCCUAUUUAUCCCAGAAAAGACGAGCGACGCUACGUACGAUACUUGGCAGCCUGUCAACUACUCUUCCGGUGCUCAGAGAACAGCUCGAAACUACAAGAGCUGGAAGAGCAUGGGGGCUCUGCGGUUGAAUGCCGCCGAGGAGGAGUCCCCUUCUGAUGUUUUCUCCCCGCCUCUGUGGAAAACCACGACUACCAGGCCCCCGAGAAGCCCGAAUCGGGCUGUGAGCAACUACCGGAAUCUUUCGCCGGCUUCUCGGACGCAGGCCAUUUCCAGAGGGCAGAGAGAGAUGAUGGAGAUGGUGCGCAACAUGCCCGAGUCGUGUUACGAGCUUUCGCUCAAGGAUCUUGUGGAGAGGCCGACAAUGGUGGAGGUUGAGGUGGAUGAAGAUACUGUUGGUUUGGUGAAGAGGGCAGAUGGGAGGGUGAAGAACAAGAGUGAGAGGAAGAAGCCGAUGGUGAUGAGGAGUGGGAGUAUGGACAGUGGGGGUUUUCUGCUGAAGAUGGUGUUUCCGAUUUCGUUGGGGUCGAAUAAGAAGAAUGAUAAGAUGACGAUGAUCAAUAAGAACAAGAAGAAAAGGAGUGACUAUGUGGAGGGAGAUAGUAGUACUAGUGAGAAGGUUUCUGCGAGGCCUUGUGUCGAUAAGGAUUGGUGGAAGAAGAGAGUUUCUGCGUCGGGAGAAUCAGGUAGAAGUGAAAGCUCUGCUUCGAGUAUUAUUAGUGGAAGCAUCAAAAGUAGUAGUGGCAGCAGCAGUUGUUGCAGCAGAAGCAGUAGCAGGCGCAAGACUAAUGGCUGCUGGUCAUUCAUCGUGCUCAAGAAGAAGAGGCAGGAUUGAACAUGUUUCCAUCGAGUAAGAGCUGGAGGAGUAUGAGUUUAAUGGUGCUAUAUCAUUAUCUUCCAAGAAAAAAGAUGCUUAGGUAUAGUAUACUUAGAUUUACAGAAGAAAUUUGCAGUAUCAACUUGUGUAUAUUCCAGCAAUUAUAGAAACACUCCGGUAUAUCCAUUUGUUUUCCCUUUCUUUAUAGAAUUUAUAUUUUGCGCAGCAGUUCGAGAGGUUGACUUAUGCAGGAUUCAAUAGAUCAUGUCUGAUUUCAAGUCUCCGAAUUCGUGUCUAUGUGCUCUAGGUAUCCACUUCAAGCCUUUUACUUGUUAAAUCAACAUUUAUUAUCUCAGAGCUGAAUGUUAUUCUCUCGUAGAUAGGCGCUUCAAUUGUCUGUAAUGAAUCCUAAUAGUUUAUAAGUGAGAAUAUUGAAUUCAGUGGAAGUUUGUAACUUUGUACAUUGAAACUAACAGCAACAUUUUGGUGAAACCAGAAA